GAAGGCUCGGUAUCAUGCACGCCUCGUCUCUCGCACUUCUCUGUCUCCUCCUGCUCCAUUCAUCUCUGCAGCAAAGUGGAGAUUUCUCCGAGGAAGCAGAUUAUGAAGAUCAUGAACCUGAAGCAGACUUUGCCUGUUUUUCUAAGAUUCGUAUGCACAAUAUCAGGCUUUUAUGUAAUGUUACAAAGUUACCUCUGACAGCACAGAAUAUUACUUUUAAAGUUGGAGGUGAACCAAAAACAACCUGGAGUGAAAACAAACAUGUUGAGUUUAGUUUGCAUUUGAAAGAAUAUGAGGUGUGCAUGAUCUGGGAGAAGAUACAUUGUAAAAAUAUCAACAUGCCGAAAAUAGCAAUUCCUGACAGUCCAAUCAAUGUAACGAUUAGCUAUGAUAAAGCAUCAGAGGAAUUCCUGUUUCAAAUAGCUUUGAGAUAUGGUCCUUUGGAAUAUCUUGUCAAAAACACAAUGUACCAUGAGAUUGUUCUACGCAAGGAAGGCACGACAUGGCCAGACUGUGAGGAUAAACCAUACGACGUUAAACACUACAAGGUGUGUUUUAAAACAACAGACGACUUAUUCUAUGUUUCGAGGAGAAAUCUUGAAUAUUCGACAACGUAUGAGGCAAGAGUGAGAUCGAUCCCUACAGGGGAUUUCUUUGGCGGCUUCUGGAGCCCGUGGAGUGAAGUGACCACGUUCCAAACAGAGAUGGACGAGGGGGAUCAGACUUCUACUAUACAGAUGGCUUUAAGUAUAAGCAUCCCUUUUUUCUUGCUUAUUAAAGUUAUAUUAAUUGCCGUAUUUUGGAAAAGCAGAAUUAAACCUUUCAUCUGGCCAGAAAUUCCAAAUCAUAAAAAAACGCUGGAGAAGUUUUGUAACAAGCCAAAACAGAACUUGCACAUAAGCUUCAAUCUUGACUACUACGAGAACAUUCCCAUACAUAAAAUAGAUUAUAUCAAGGCAAAAGAGAUUCCAGAAGAUUUUCAUGAGAUUGGCACCAGAACCAGCAGCAUGGAGAAGCUGUCUGUCCAUACUGGUAAUACCCUUUUGCCUCCUGCAGAGGGCAGCAGAGUACCUUCUACUAAUAACACUGGUCAAUGUACGAAUCCUGGUGAAAAUGCUUCACUAGAUCCUCCUAAUUCUGGAACUGUCACACUGCUACCUGGUGAAGGCGUCUUUGAGAAAUGCAACCCAUCAAACGGCAGCAAUGGGAUCAUGUCGGGGUCCGCAAAACAUUCAGGAAAUGGAUUAACAGGUCUAUGCUGGGAAGAUAUUUAUAUAGCUAUGUCUGCCUUCAAGACGCCCAGCAAUGCCGUAAAGCAAGUCCCUAAAAAUGCUUUCUAAUGCUUCAAAAAAGGGACCACAGUAUAGUAUAUGAACUGUAGUACUCAUGCUUGGUGGAGUACUACUCCAUAGUACCACAAGGGGGAGCUAUUUGUGGUAAUUUCCAUCAAUUAUACAAUGUAUAGCAAUGCAUGGCCUAUAGGCCGACACUGCAUCCAGCCAUGAUACAUGGCGUUUCCAGUUACACAUCC